UUUGAAAAGUGAUCUGUCAAACUGCUGAAGUGACAGUUCAUUGCUUUCAAUAUAUGGCAUACUAUUUGUUCUAAUUUGCAUGUCAUAUAUUGUAUUCCAUAAGCAAUAUGGAGUCUCCACUGGCAAUAAUGUGUACAGCAAUACAGUUAGUAUAAGAAAAAUUUUUGCCUGUCGAGACGCCCCAUCAUCACCUUUUGCUUUAGUUAUUUACAGCCCUAUUCUCAUGCCCUCACAAAAGUCACCAACCUCACUACAGUGAUGUUUCUCACUAUAGUGAGGGUUACCUUAUUCUGGCGAAAAUUCAAAAGCUCAAAUGCUCACUAUUCUCACAAAUAUCUGUGACGUGUGAAAGCAGCCAUCAUAAUACAAAACAUCUGUGUUUGUUUUGUUUUGCAUAUUUGACAUUUUUUAAAAUAUUGAGAAUUGAGUGUUAUUAGCAUGGAGGAACUAUUAUUUGUAUAUGCGGCAACUGUUGAGGAGGAGGAAUCGGGAGGUAGGAGAAAAAUUUUAAAGGGUUUGCGAGACAAAAGCGAUCCCUUUACUAUGCAAGACACUGCAUUUAUUAACACAUUUCGAUUCCCAAAAUCGCUAUGUAAAUUGCUGAUAAGUGAAUUGGUGCCGCAUGACGUGCAGAAGUCAAAUAUUCCUUUUGAUCUGCGUUUCCUGACGAGUUUAUAUUUUUACGGGCAUGGCUCUUAUCAAAAAUGCGUUGGUAAUAUGUAGUUAUAUGCUCUCUAUGAGCCAAUCCUCAGUGUCAAGAGCUCUGCACUUUAUUUCAAAACUGAUUGUGGAUGUUAAGGGAAGUGAAAUUUAUUUCCCUUCAAGCGCGCAGGAUGUGUCAGAUGCAAAGAAGGGAUUUUACACGAAAUUUGGGAUCAAGGGCACAAUCGGCGCAAUCGAUUGUACCCAUAUUGGGAUUGUUUCACCCUCAAGCACAGACGCCACUACUCCUCUCUCACUUUUUAUGAACCGGAAAGGAUUUUACAGCCUUAAUGUAGAAGCAGUUUGUGAUCAUCGACUUCUGUUCACCGCUGUCAACGCGAGAUAUCCCGGGUCUUGCCAUGAUUCUGGUAUUUGGACCACAUCCCCAACACGUAUGCACCUCACAAAUACUUAUAGCACGCAAAGUGAUUCGUGGUUGUUAGGCGACCAAGGAUAUCCAUUGGAGCCAUGGCUGUUAACGCCAGUCGCUGAACCUUCAAACGCAAGGGAAGUGCGUUACAAUAAGUUGCACGCCAAAGCACGUAAUACCAUUGAGAGAGCCUUUGGUGUUUUGAAGUCACGAUUCCGGUGCCUCUCAAAACACCGCAUUCUUCAUUACAGCCCUGAAAAAGCGUCUUUGAUUAUUUACGCGUGUACAAUUCUUCACAACAUUUUACUGAAGCAUGGUGUGGCUGCAGACCUUGGCUUUGAAGAAGUUUUAGAAGAAUCACAAGACACCGAAAUUGUUUUCGAAAACCCCAAUUUUAGGGAGGGUGCUAGAGUAAGAGAACGUUACAUUAUUUCUUUAUAAUAUACAUAUGUAUGCAUAUAUUUCCA